AAGUCGCCUCUGAAGCCGGUGACAUGUCCCGGAGUGGUCACAGGACAGAUAAGGGUGAUGACACGGUGGAGCUGUGUGGCCGGGGGAGCUGGUGGCUGGGAGCACUGAGAGACACACCCAUCCCGGGAACCUACCACGUCCGAGACUUCGUUGAGGAGGCUGAUCUGAACCCUGUGAAAAAGACUUAUGGUUUCAAAGGUGUGGGCAGAAAAACUCAGACCCUGGGUGUGCGUAAGGGGGAUCUGCUGCUGCCUGGAGCGUAUGAAUAUACAGACUCCACCCAGGAAGUCCUGAUGCACCAGGCUUCCUACUCUUUCAAGAACUGCCCCCGACCCGACAUUUUCACCCUUGGAAUUAGAGACAAGCACAUAAACACUUCGCCAUGUGACUACAAUGUGACAGCGAGACCAGUGGAGAAGAUUCCCUGCAAGCAUGUGAUGUUUCGCUCGACUGUGCAGCGGAUCAGCUUUCUGCCUAAAGAUGGCCCUGCUCCAUGCCACUACAACCCACAGACCAAACCAGCUAAAGCCAUCACUUCCUGUUUCAAAUCCACGUUGCCGCGGCUACACGGUGUGCACUCAGAAGACAAUGCCUCCGUCCAUGGGCCGUAG